AUGGAGGCGACGGCGCCGCGCACGACGACGACGAGACCCGCGGGACGACCUCGCCAAGCGCCGAGGGACUCUCUGCUCUUUGCCGAAGAAUCCACGGCCCUCUGGUCAAGGAUCAGGAGCCGAGGGCUCACGCAGCUGAGGCGGCGACAAAAGCCCCCCACGGCAGCGGCGUCUGGUCCCCCCUGGGACUCGAUGGGAUGGAACGAGAGCGCGGAGCCUCGCAGUGACGCGGAGAGCGGGGAGGAAGGCGGCGAAGCUCAGGCGGCCGAGCUGAGCCUCACUCUGAACAGACUCGGCCAUGGCCCCAUGGGAUUCAGCGUCCGCGGUGGGGCCGAGCACGGCCUGGGCAUCUACGUGAGCCGCGUGGAGGACCGCAGCCAGGCAGCCCAGCAGGGCAUGUGCGUAGGAGACCGGAUCGUGGCCGUGAACGGCGUGAGCGUGGAGAGCGUGACCUUGGCCGCGGCCGUGUCGGUCAUCACGAGCGGCGCGGGUCUCCUGCGCGUCACCGUGCGCCGCGUGGGCCGCGUGCCGGGAUUCAAGCGCUCGAGCGAGAAGAUUUCGUGGGUCGAUGUCGCAGCCCGACACCUCGUGAACGGCGCGGCUCCUCGGGACCGUGUAGUGCACCUCCGCCUCUCGCCAGAGGACCCGUGUCUGGGUCUCAACAUCCGCGGCGGCAGCGAAUUCGGCCUCGGCAUCUACGUGUCAAGGGUGGACACCGGCGGAGUGGCCGAGAGGAGCGGAAUCAGGAUCGGUCAUCAGAUCGUCGCUGCGAAUGGCGUCAACUUUGAGGGAGUGUCACACGCGCACGCGGUCGAGACGCUCAGGCAGCACGAGCACGUGAUCCUCACCAUCCGGGAGGUUGGCCGUUACCCAGCAUUCCAGGAGCUCGUUGAAGAAUACAGCUGGCUCAACAAGGUCAAUGUCCACGUGUCUCCACCAAACACUGCUGCUGCUGCUACUAUGGGCUCAUCCUUGGCCAAUGGGCUCCUGCCGAGCUACCAGCUCUCCCCUCCUCUCCCAGAGCAGCACUCGGGAUCUUUCCACGAUGACCUCUUGGCCUCGAGUGACAGCGAAGCUCUGAGCACGCGGAGAGAAGCCUUCGUCCAGACAGACCUGGACCAGCAUCACCCCGACGGAGAGCCCCAGUCGUCCGACGGAGAAGACGCCGUGGUGAGGCUGUCCGAGACGUCCCGAGACAUCUUGCUGGUGAGGCCGCGCACGUUUUCUGGCGGGACGGACGAGGCCCCCAAGCCCAAGUCGACCUUCUCUGCCAAGACGGCCCUGCUCACGGCCCUCAGCUGGCCGCGCCGGCCAGCCCGGAGGUCACAAAGCUCCAGGACGCUCACAGAGGAGGAGACAGAUGAGAAGGUGAAGAAGAAAGUCAAGAAGAAGCUGACGUGGGUGAAGAAGCAGCAGCCGGGCACGACGAGGUCGCGCCCCGUCAUGAGCCUGUUUCGCGGAGGCCGCGCGGGCCCCGCUGCGGCGGCGGCCCCAAGCGACGAAGGGCCCUCCGCGGGCGACGGGCCACCGCCCUCUCACGCCACGCCACGGCCCCCGUACCCCGGGACGGCGGCUCCCGGCUACCCGCACGAGGGCGGAGAUCUGGCCCACGCGCACGGGUCUGCUGACGCAUCAUCACCGAGACCAAGAUUUGUUAUCCGUCCUUCAAAAACGAUGCGGAAAAGCCGGCGUGCCUCGUCUCGGUUCGGCUCCCGAGGCUUCCACGAUGCAGGGCAGCAGCAGAUAGAGCACGCGCGACAGGCGGAGGAGCAGGUGGUGUCUCAAAGCCCCAUCGAGGAAUCCAACGAUUACUGUCCAGUGCUUAGAGCUACUGAAAAAGGGAUGCCAAGAAAGCAGUUGAUCACUCCUGUUCCCGAUUACCAUGGUGGAUUUUUGCUGAGACCAAUGAAUGAGGAGGAGGAAACGUCUCGGCUGUUACGAGCAUCGCUCGCUCGGAUGAAACUCAAGCCGGUACCAAAGGUCGCCUCUCUGGAGGACGUCUCCGUAGGUGACUUUGCUGGAGCCUCAGCGGCGAGUGCUGCUCAACAGGACGGCAGAGAGCGCGGGCACGGUCUCGUUUUCUUAAAGAUCUCUAAAAGGAAGCAAUCGCUCGGAAUGAGCAUUUCUGGGGGCCGAGAUAUCGUGGCUCAGCCUGCCGUGAAGAUUGAGAAGAUCUUCCCUGGUGGAGCUGCGGCCGAGUGCCAUCUGUUACAACCCGGGGUCGAGCUCAUCUCGGCGGACGGCGUGAGCCUGCGCAGCGCCAGCCACUGCGAGGCCGUGGGUACCAUCCGCGCCGCCUUCCGCAACAAAGCGCGGGAGCCCAUGGCACUGGUGAUCAGGUGGCCCGGGCAAGCGGCCCUCUGAGAUUGACGGGACACUUUUGAGUGCAGGAGAAAGAAUAUAUUUGUUUUUUAAAGUCACGCUUUGUACGUGACUCUUUCAAACGGAGACAAAGGCGCCGUGGGUCGAGAGAGAAGAAUCAUCUACUUACGAUGUGGGAGAAGAGGAAAACAAAUCAUGGCAAUGUGAGGUCAUCUGAACCCGCGUACUUGUUUUAAAAUGCUUCACAAGGUGUUGAAGAUCGAGAAAAAUGAAACUUUCUGACAUCGUUUUAAAACUACCCUGUAUUUGCAAUGUGUGGAAAAGGAUUCUAAACAACACAUGUGCAACUCGGAGUUGGUAUAGCAUUAUCUGUCUCAAAUAUAGAAUAACAAUUGGUACCAACUCAUGUCACGAGUAAAUAUUUAGAACAUGACAUCAACUACAGCAAAGCCAGGCAAGUAUUAGUGAGAUACAUUGUGUACAGUGCAGUAAUCUUAUCGGAGGUCAAAUGGAAUAUUUAUGGACCUAUAAAGUUUAUGGCAGCACGUUUACAAGAAAAGUCAGUACUUUAUGGAAAUGUACACAUAAGUUGUUUAUUGCUGUCAUGGCAAUCGGACAUUUGCCCUCGAAGACAAUGGAUUGUUGUUUGUGGGAUUUUAUUCUAUUAACUUUUUGAUGGAUCCACCUAAGAUUGUGGCCAGGAUGAGGCCUACAAUAAUUGUGGUUGAGUAAUAAUUAAACAAAUCACCCUCCAUUCCCUAUCUCUAGAUACAAACGUUAAUACAUUUAAUGUAUCAACCUUUUAACCUUCCACGCUUAUGUUAACCAGCAGAAUUUUUUCAAGCUGGACUGGUUUCGCUCUGCUUGGGCUCAUCAGCAAAGUCAGGCGUGCUUGGCAAAUACUGCUACGUCAUGGUUCAUCGGUACAAACAAUAACCCCAAUGUAAAAUACAAUCCACUAGAGCGCUAAUUGAGAAUUCAUAUAAUGGCUGUGAGUUACUGACAAUGCUUGGCACUCAGCACUUUAAAAACUGGAAAAUGAAUGAAUGAAUCAGCGAAUGUUAUAUUUACUGU